CUUCAAUCCGUGCAACGAACGCCUCGUCGCAACAGCUACAAACGCCCACAUCACACGCAGAAAUCCGCAUCAACAGCCAGCCAUGGCGUCCACGCUGACCAACGUCGGCCUGUCUACCCCGGCGGCGGCGGCGUCGUCCCUCGUUAGGCCGGUCGCCGGAGCUGGACGCGUGGUGUUUCCCCGUGUUGGCCGCGGCGGGUUCGCGGCGGUGAGGGCGAGCGGGCCGGCGACGCCGCCGGACAUCUCGGACAAGAUGUCGGAGAGCAUCGACAAGGCGAAGGAGGCGUGCGCGGAGGACACGGCGAGCGGCGAGUGCGCGGCGGCGUGGGACGAGGUGGAGGAGCUGAGCGCGGCGGCGAGCCACGCGCGCGACAAGCUCAAGGAGACCUCCGACCCGCUCGAGGCCUACUGCAAGGACAACCCGGAGACCGACGAGUGCCGCACCUACGACAACUGAUUCUUACCAUUAUAUGUUUGCUAAUCUCUCUGUAAUUAAUUAUAAGUUACUGGGUUGAAAAGAUUAUUUGUCGUAGAAGACAGAGGGGAGUUUGGUGGAAUGGUGGUAUUUACGGAUAGUUCAAGGGGGAAAUGGGAAAAAAAAGGUUUUUUACACUUGUUUGUCUGGAUGAAUUUGUAUGGAACUUUUCUGCUUGAUAAUUUUCGCAUGUGUUAGUAUUUGUAUAUGAUGAUAUAAGUGGGAAAUAAAUCAUCAAAUUUUCCAGCAGGAA